ACCCAUAAUUAACUAGUUCAGCAUUCAGCUGUCAAAAAGAUACUGAAUUAUCACUGACAUUAUAUUAUACAUUGAGAACUACAAAUUCCUAAGACCAACAGCCUAAAAGUGUGCUAUUUAAAGAUUCCUUUGACUAGUGUAGUGGCUAAAAUAAUCUAAGAUGGCUGCAGCUGCAUUUGUUGCUUUAAAGCAGCUGCUGGAGGAGCCUCCUGUUCAUUGUAAGGAUAUUGAAUCUGUCAUUGACUGCAUAGGAAGAAUGAGAACAGCUGGGAGACAUAAGUUGCAGGUUUUGUCUGAUUUUGACUACACAUUAACUUAUCCUCAUUUUAAUGGGAAGCCAGUAACAACGUCUCAUGGAGUUAUGGAAUCAUCAGGAUUAUUAUCUAAAAGUUUCGUUGAAAAGGCCUUGAACUUAAAAGCAAAAUACCUUCCAAUUGAACACUGUCAUGAGCGUAGUCUACAAGAAAAGACUGAAGCAAUGGAAGAAUGGUGGAGAACUGUCCACCAUUUGAUUACUCAGCAAAGCGUAACUAAAAACAUGCUAGUUGAGAUGGUAAAGGCAUCCGACAUUUUCUUUAGGGAUCACCAUGACGAUAUGUUUAGAUUACUUGAGGUGAAUGACGUACCACUGACCAUUUGUUCAGCUGGUCUAGCAGAUAUAAUAUUGAUAGCACUAGAUGCCACCUCUUACAAGGAGCAUGCUAAUCUCUCAGUGGUUGGUAACAAGAUGAUAUAUAAUGAAGAGAGUGUGGUGACAGCAUUCACUGAACCUGUCAUUCAUUCUUAUAAUAAAGGACUCACUUCUUUGACUAGAUACCCUCAACUGGUCAAGAAACUUAAGGAUAGAUCUAAUGUGAUAGUAAUUGGUGAUUCACAAGGUGAUCCAUUCAUGAUUAAUGGUCUAGAGAAUAUCGACAAUGUCAUCAAAAUUGGUUUUCUUAAUCAAAAAAAGGAAGCUCUUUUGACAGUUUAUGAAGAACUUUAUGACAUUGUCAUAACAGAUCCAGCAAGCAGUCUUUUUGUACCACUCUCAAUAAUGAAAGCCAUUUUGACUGAAAAUAGCUAAAUGAUAAAUGAUUCUUACCUUUAUAAUCACAUGUUGCAAUUAUUUAUCAUUAUGAUGUUAGCAUCCAAUGGGAACACAUGUUUACUGUAGUCUGUAAGUAAUGAUUAAAGUGGGUAUCUGUUGCACCUAUUAGCACAUUAAAUAGUGCAAUACACACCAGCUAUUUUGAAGUGUUUAGGUCCAGCUAGUGUUUACUGUCAGUAGUUCACCACAGCAAUGCUGAAACUAGCAGCUUGUACUCUUUUGAUCUUACAAUGGAUAGUUUAUGGAGGUGCUUAUAUGGAUCAAUCAGUGUCAACAAGCAGUAGAAUCAUUUCACCAUCAUCUACUGUAGCAGCAUCAACCAGUCAUAGAUCAAGCAGCACAAAACUCAUUACAAUAUUCCCAACUCCUACUGAAACUGGCAAUGGACCAACGACCUCAGGGAUCAGCAUAAUCAUCUUCAUUGCAGUCCUCUUUAGCAUCAUAAUGGCUAUAGUUGGUACCAUGGGAAUUGUGACGUUAUUAACGUGUAUCUGUUCCAGAAGAGUGGAGGUUCCAACUGUAAGGAAUGAUCCCAGGGCUCCUGCAAUGUAUGAUACACAAGAUGAGCAAAUUGAUGAUGAUAAUGAUGAUGAUGGUGAUGAUGAUGAUGAUGAUGAUGAUGAUGAUGACUACGUUUAAUUAAUUAAUAGUUGUCCAGUUUUAUCAUAGCCUGUAUUUAGUUAGUUAUAGAUAUUUAUUAGUAUAAUAUUGAUCAUCAUUUUAGUAACACCAUUAGUAAGAGAUUAUUACCAUUAUAAUAA